GGAAAUGCCCAGCUGACAGCAACCCAGCGCCGAUUGGUCGGUUUGAGUCUAACCUUUGUUCGGGCCGCCCAAAAGACGCUAGCUGUCGCACCUGUACCUCUCCGCGCGAGUUACAGAUAGAGGAUUGAUCUUCUGAAAAACAGCCCAGAAUGGCCACAUCCCUGGAACCUGAGGAACAAAAAGGACUUUUAAUAGUUAAGGCAGACCAUUAUGGGGGACAGGACUCCAUCUCACAAAAGUACAGUCCUCACAGAAGGGAACUCUUCAGGCAGCACUUCAGGAAGCUCUGCUAUCAGGAUGCACCUGGACCCCGUGAAGCUCUUACCCAGCUCUGGGAGCUUUGCCACCAGUGGCUGAGGCCAGAAUGCCACACAAAGGAGCAGAUUUUAGACCUGCUGGUGCUUGAACAGUUCCUGAGCAUUCUCCCUAGGGACCUGCAAGCAUGGGUGCAGGCACACCAUCCAGAGACUGGAGAGGAGGCGGUGACUGUGCUGGAGGAUCUGGAGAGAGAGCUUGAUGAACCUCGAAAGCAGGUGGUCCCAGCCAAUUCAGAAAGACAGGACACACUUUUGGACAAGUUGGCGCCCUUGAGAAGGCCACAUGAGUCACUGACUAUCCAGCUCCAUCACAAGAAGACCCAGCAGGAGCAGGAAUCUGGGGAGCCCCAAAGGAAUGGUGAUAAAACCAAGACUAAGAAUGAAGAGUUGUCCCAGAAGGAAGAUAUACCCAAAGACAUGGAAUUCCUUGGGAAAAUAAACAACAGACUUACCAAAGCUAUUCCUCAGUAUCCUGAAUCCAAAGAUGCUAUUGAAAGUGAAGGCAGAUUCGAAUGGCAACAGAGGGAAAGAAGACGCUAUAAAUGUGAUGACUGUGGAAAAAGUUUCAGUCAUAGCUCAGACCUUAGUAAACACAGGAGAACUCACACUGGAGAGAAGCCCUAUAAAUGUGACGAAUGUGGAAAAGCCUUCGUUCAACAUUCACAUCUCAUUGGACAUCAUAGAGUACACACUGGAGUGAAACCCUAUAAAUGUAAAGAAUGUGGGAAAGAUUUCAGUGGGCGCACAGGUCUCAUUCAGCAUCAGAGAAUCCACACAGGUGAAAAACCCUAUGAAUGUGAUGAGUGUGGGAGGCCCUUCCGUGUAAGUUCAGCCCUUAUUAGACAUCAAAGAAUUCAUACAGCAAAUAAGCUCUACUAAUAUGGUGUAAGUAACAAAAGUUAGACACUCAGGCCUAAUUAGUUAUCAGAGAAAUCUGCCUUGGAGACCUUGAGUAUCCUGAUGUAGGCAAAGCUUCAAUCAUCAUUAAAAAUUUCUCUGGCACCAGAGAAUUUACCUGAGUAAAAUUUCCUUUUAUUUCUAAAGUAGUUCAGUUUCUUGGAAGGAACUAAGAGUUAUUUCAGAAAGCCUUGUCCACUGCCAGCAUUGCUCACUUGCAGCCCAAGAUAACCAUGUUUCCUGGUUGAAAGAUGUGAAUUCUACCUCUCGACUCUGGCUCCUUUUUCCUUGACCACUCAGGGUAUGACUUUAGGCAAGACAUUCAUAUUUUCUCUGCCUUCAUUUUCCCAUUCUGUAAAGUGCAGAUGAUAGAAGCCCACCAGGUAUGCUGUAUUAAGUUAAAAUAGAUGAAAACUGCUUUUGAAAUUAAGAACUAAAACAAUACUAUUUUUCCCCAUCAUUAGUGAUAUAAUGGCCUAAAUAUCCCUUAUCUUAAAGUAGGGAAUAUAAUAAUUUUGUGGAAUAUUGUGCUUUGCCAAUGAUAAAAAAAAUGAGGAAACCACCAGAAAAGAUAGCAGGCUAAGAAAAACAUUAAAAUAGAGAGGAAAGCAAUAAGUCAUCAGUGGGAGCUGCUGGGAAGGGGGAUGAUGGAGUGUGUUAGGGAUCUGUAACUUUGGAUAAGUCACUUCUGAAUCUCAGGUCAUUUAAACUGAGGGAGAUGGGGAGAGGUUGGUCUAGAACUGCACUGUCCAAUAUGGUAGCCAGUACCCACAUGUGGCUAUAUACAUUUAAACUUAACUGAAAUAAAGUGGAAAAUUCAGUUCUUUGGUGACAUUAGCCACAUUCCAAGUGCUCAAUAGCCACGUGUGGCUAGUAGCUACAAUAAUGGACAGCACAGAUCCAUUUUUUAUCACUGCAGAAACUUCUCAAGGACAUUGCUGUUCAGUCAUUGGUAAGGUACCUUCCAGCUUUGAUACAUGAUUCUGAGUUCAGGAAGGUAGCAAAAGAGAUACCUGAAGAGGCUGUAAUAGCAAUAGGAGAUAAAAUACAAACACCUUAAAACAAAGUAAUUUAGUAAAAAUAACUUUGUGGUACUUUUUCAGCCUUAGAGAGUGUAUUGUAAUUGGAGAAAGAUGAUUAUUAAGUAAGUACAAUAACCUAAUAAUCAAAAUUGAAAGCUUAACUUACUACCUCAUCUCUAUAAAAAGAGUGUAAUUACCUUUACAAGGUAACAUCCCCUGUCAGUUACCCUACACUAGUGAGAAACUGGGACCCUCAGGACGCUAAUACUUUAAGAUACAGUGAACAAUUUAGUUUUUCUUUUUCUUUUGGCUUCUGAAUGUAUUAGCAUUUCAUGAACGUAUUUGCGACAGUUUUACAUCACUAGUUUGAGAAUUUUAUAGCAUGGCAGGAAUUGUGACCAAAGGCCAACACAUUCAAAUUUACAACACCAUCAAACUGCCACGAACCACUGAUUCUAGGAAUACCCAUCACCAAAAUGAUCAGUAAGUGAUCUAAUCUCUUACUGAAGACAUUAAUUACACAUACUUGCUUUGAUAGUAGGAAAAGCACCAGAAUCAUUUUGUGUCUACUACUAUUGGAAGAUGACUCUUAAAUCAUUCCUCAUAACACCAUAAACUGAGCUUCUAUGUCUUUUGAACAUAAUGCUCCUUUUAAAAAAAAAAAGUAAGUUUACUUUGAAUGUAUACAUCAACUGAUACAAAUAUUUUAAGACAUCAAGUUUCACACUCAUACUUGUUUUUUCGCUUAUCUGAGCACUAUUUGAAAACAUUUGAAACAAAGGAUUUUUUAAUGAUCAUGAAAAGUAAAGUAUUAAAUCUUUAGUAUUAGAAACAUCCUUAUCUAAAAAAUAAAGUUAGGUGCUUAAUGAAUGAUAGCUUUUCCCCCUUUACCUUCAGUCUUGCUAAAAAACUGUCAUGUGUAGAAGCUGUUCACAGUCUUUAAAGGGGGAACUCAUGUCUCUGAUCUUAUCCUUGAAUUUAGAGUCUUCUGCAGUGGUAAGAAAGAUGAUCCUGGCUACCACAAGAUUAAGUUUCCUCAAAUGGGUAAAAACGAUGACAGACUGAUUUUCCUCUAACGUACUCUGUAUGACUGAACAUUCUAUUCAGGUAGUUUUGAAUACCUGUUGUGUAUAAAGAAUUGUUCUAGUCUUAGAGUCGUACACCCUCAAAGUCUGAGUGAAGAGUAGUUUGGAACACUGAGACUAUGCUACCCUUUUUAAUCUGGUGUUGAUUCCAAAUUGCCACCACAGUGUCCGCCAUCUGAUCUUGACCAGAGGGGCAAGGAUAAGAGUCAGAGAGGUACAGAAAGAUUUGGGGCCAGAGACAGCCUGGAGUGAUAGUGGCAAGAGAAGAAAGUCCAGUGGGACCUGGGAUAACUGCUGGCAUAAGGCAAAGGAGGCAUGAGGUUGAAGGAGAUCUAAGUAGUUGUUAGUAUUAUGAAGGAUUAGGCAGUGUCCUAGUAAGUCUGUAGAAACGCACAAAACAAUUGGUGAGGAUGCAAGCAGUUGGAAAGAAGAGCUCCGAGUUCAAUCACAGCCACAGUUAUUGGAAAAGAAGGUGUAAUAUGUUAGACACCGUAAUCAGAACCACUGAGUUCUAGCAGAGAGCCAUCCUGGAAUGAUGGCACCUGCUCUAAAAGAACCCUAAACAUGGUAGGCAGUUUCUCAAAUAGUUGUGUCAAAAACAUAUGCAUCACUCCUCCCAAAUUUUUUGGAGGGUUUUUCUUUUUUUUGGAGGGAGGCAACAACUUGUAGUUUGUAGUUUUCAUGAACUAGUAGAACAGACAGUGAUUUUAAGAGGCACCUAAAGGGAGUACGGGGGUAGUUCUUUCAGAUACAGUUGGGGAAUGGUGGUUAAACUGGUGAUUUUGAAUGAGGAGCCAACAGCUAUAAAGGGAGGAAACAGAUGAGAGUUGGGGUAGGAGGGGAUGUCGGAGGUAUGCACGGGCCUUGGUGAAGAGGGGGGAAACAAGAUAGAGGAGAAGUGGAUGGAACAAAAAGAGAAUGAUAAAAAAGGAACAAGGGUAUAGGGAAAGGAACAAAGAUAAAAUAAGAGAUGGUGAUAGAGAAAGAAAAGAGUGACAAGUAAUUCUAAUAUUGACAUCAAUUAUAAUUGAGACAGUGGGUUAUAUACCACAGCCAUACAAAGGUGAACAGAUCAGCUUAUCCCAAGGUCAUCGAGUCUUACAUGCACAGCACAUAUUAUUUAUGUUAUCUUUAUUGAAUGGGUCUACAACCUCCUUCUGAGCAUAAAAUUAUUUCUUUAUAGUCUAAUCAAAAAGUCCAUCAACAGUGAAACUGCUAGAAACUUUGAAAUGCUUCAAAACAACCUGUUCUCCCCUUAGUAAUAUCACAAGGCAAUUAGACUAAGGUUCUAAAAGAAUAGAUCUCUCAGUCUUUCUUACUCAAAUCCUCUAGAGCACAGUUUCUCAACCUUGGUUUCAUUGACAUUUUCAGCCAAACAAUUCCUUGCGGUGGGGGGGGCUGUCCUCUGCAGUGUGGGAUGUUUAGCAGCAUCCCUGGCCUCUACCCCCUGGAUACCAGCAGCCCCAACUUGUGACAAGCAAAAAUUUCUUAAGAGAUGCAAAUAUUCCCUGAGGGACAAAAUCUCUCCCCCGCCCUGCCAGCCCAGUUGAGAACCACUGCUCUAUAGGAAAAUAAUCUGAUUUCCAUGACCGUUCCACGUCAUAUACAAUAAGAUUCAACUUAGAAAUGUUAUAUAUGACUAGCACUGUUAGACCCUUUUACUACCCCACAAAAUGAUUCCCAGGGUACCUAAAAUCUGUGCAGCAGUCAUGCUAAAGAAGUAGUCUACUUUAGGAAGUCAUACCUCACUUACUUUUGAGCACCAGAGGAAUCUGUCCUCAAGUGUGACUUGCAUAAAGAGCUUACCUUGCAUUUUUCUAGACCUUCUUCUUCCCUCUAUACCAUACUUCUGCUGCUACCCUCUCCUUUGCCCCUUGACCCAACCACAAAUAGACACUUUAUCCUUGAUCUGCACUGUCCAAUACAUUAGCCACUAGGUACAUGUGGCUAUCGAGCACUUGAAAUGUGGCUAUGCAACUGAGGAACUAAAAUUUUUUCACUUUAAUUUAAAUUUAAAAACUGAUACUCAAUUCAGUUAUUGGAAAACCUUUAAGUAUGUUUGGAGUAUUUCGGGUAUAGGAAUCUAAUUUUGCCAUUCAAAAUUUUAUGUACUCUCAAUACAGAUCAAGUAUUUCCAAUGAAAAUUUAAAAACUGAAUUGAGAUGUGUAGUAAGUAUAGACACACUGGAUUACAAAGACUUAGUAUGAAAAAAGGAAUGUAAAAUAUUUCAUUAAUAAGUUUUAUAUUAGAUUUUAAAAUAAUAUUUUGGAUAUACUGGUUUAAAUAAAAUACAUUAAAAAUUAAUUUCACCUGUCUUUUUACAUUUUUAAUGUGGCUACUAGAAAACUUACAUCCACAUAGGUGGAUCACAUUACAUUCCUAUUUAUUGGACAACACUGAUCAAGAUCUUCUCGCUCUCAGGGUAGGUCCCAUUCACUAUGUUCCAAACCACCUCAAUUCUGUGAGGCUAACUUCUGUGCUGCCAAGGACUUUUUACCUAUUUCUUCUUAUUCAUUAAUCCAACAGGUACUUACUGAGUGCAUGCUAUGUGCCACACCUCUAUUUUAGGUAUUGGGGAUAGAGCAGGAUAUAACAAGAUAUUUCCAUGUAAGACUAUGAGAAAAAUAGUGAAUGUUAAAAUUAAAGGUAUAAUGCUGUCCUUUCAGAUGGAAGACUAUUAGGACGAAAAGGCAGGGCAUUUCAGGUUAGGUGUGGGGAGGAAGGAAAGAAGAGGGGGAAAAAUAGAUUGUUAUUUUGGGAUUACAAUUUCAUUUCAAUUUAAUAAGAUUUUAAGUUUGGUUUGUUUGGCAAGUCCAAUAGCACAGCAAUAGGGACUAAAGGUCUUUGGAUAUGCCAUUGCAUGAGAGGACUUAUUAAAGGUUAGACCUGCUUUAUGCAUUAUUGUUAAUACACACUUCAUAGUAUUUACUGCAGAAGUCUCUUUGGGGAAAUUAGCAAUGGAACAAUUUCUAUAUGUAAGAACCAUAAGUUCCCAUGUAUGUUGAAUUAACCUAUUAUAUAUCACCGUAAUACUGGGUACAAGGAAGGAAAUUUCAUUAAACCAGUUAUUGUGCCUUUUUGUUUUUCUCUACUCCACUCAGUUGAUAGUCUUGGAAAACUCUGCUAUAGCCUUAACUUUAUCUCAAAGACGUGAAGUGAUUAUGUGCUUUUGAUGUUUUUUGUUUAAAAAUAACUUUCCUAUGAAGAACAAUCAACAGCAGUUAGAAAGUAGAUAAUUAUAAACAAAUUCUAUUUUACUAUCUCUAUAUAAAAAUACAAACAUGAAUAUGAGGACAUCUAAAAAUGCAGAAAUAGUUAUAUAUUCCAUGUAUCAAUAUAUAAAAACAUAGCUGGAAGGAAAUCCUUUUUCAGAAUCAGGAAAUAGUUCCUUAUCUACUAGGUUAAAAUCCUAAACCCUCCAGCAAAUGUAUAAUUCAAUAUUUUGAACAAUUUUAGUAUUUCAUUGUCACAUAAAAUAUGUA